CUCUCGCUCUGUCUCUGUCUAACUCUAUCUGUCUAUAAGCUAAAUCAUCCCAAAAGCCCAUACAAAAAAAUUUAAAAAAAGAACAACAAGAAAAACUUAAACAAAGAAUACAACAACUUUGCUCAUCCGUUCGUUUCUUUGUUUCUCUGUAUUUUCUUUCAUUACUUUUGUCUCUUGUGGAAACCCUAUGUGUUAUUUGUGUGCCCCACCAUUGUGUUAUUAUAAACCUCUAUCCCAAACGAUCCCUGAAAUCCCUGAAUGUUUGUGUACUCUCUUCCGUUAUUUUUGGGUUCGCUUCUGUUUCCGUUUCCGUUUUCCGUUGUGUUUUUUAGUCAGUGCAUCCGAAGAUGAAGAGCGCCUGGUGCGUGACCUCUUUCGAGGCUACAAUAAACUCAUACGACCCGUACAGAAUAUGACACAAAAAGUUGGAGUAAGAUUUGGUUUGGCGUUCGUACAGCUAAUCAAUGUCAAUGAGAAAAAUCAAAUUAUGAAAUCAAACGUUUGGUUACGUUUGGUUUGGUACGACUACCAGCUGCAGUGGGAUGAGGCCGACUACGGCGGCAUCGGGGUAUUGCGUCUGCCCCCCGACAAGGUUUGGAAGCCGGACAUAGUGCUCUUCAAUAAUGCCGAUGGCAACUACGAGGUGCGCUACAAGUCGAACGUGCUGAUCUAUCCAACUGGAGAGGUCCUGUGGGUUCCACCGGCCAUUUACCAGAGCUCCUGCACCAUCGAUGUGACGUACUUCCCCUUCGAUCAGCAGACCUGCAUCAUGAAGUUCGGAUCUUGGACCUUUAACGGAGAUCAAGUAUCGCUGGCCCUGUAUAACAACAAGAACUUUGUGGAUCUAUCGGAUUACUGGAAAUCGGGUACAUGGGAUAUUAUCGAGGUUCCCGCCUAUCUGAAUGUCUACGAGGGCGAUAGCAAUCAUCCCACGGAAACGGACAUCACUUUCUACAUCAUCAUCCGCCGGAAGACUCUCUUCUACACUGUGAAUUUAAUUCUGCCCACUGUGCUCAUUUCGUUCCUCUGCGUUUUGGUAUUCUACCUGCCAGCCGAGGCCGGCGAAAAGGUUACGCUCGGAAUUAGCAUUUUGCUGUCACUGGUUGUGUUCCUGUUGCUGGUAUCGAAGAUUCUGCCGCCGACGUCGCUGGUGCUGCCGCUGAUCGCCAAAUAUCUGCUGUUCACCUUCAUCAUGAACACGGUGUCCAUUCUGGUCACCGUGAUCAUCAUCAACUGGAACUUCCGGGGGCCGCGCACCCACCGCAUGCCCAUGUACAUCCGAUCGAUCUUCCUGCACUACCUGCCCGCCUUCCUCUUCAUGAAGCGCCCCCGGAAGACCCGUCUGCGCUGGAUGAUGGAGAUGCCCGGCAUGAGCAUGCCCGCCCAUCCCCAUCCCUCCUACGGCUCCCCGGCGGAGCUGCCCAAGCAUAUCAGCGCCAUCGGUGGCAAGCAGUCCAAGAUGGAGGUCAUGGAGCUGUCGGACCUGCACCAUCCCAACUGCAAGAUCAACCGCAAGGUCAACGCCGGCGGGGAGUUGGGCCUGGGCGAUGGGUGUCGCCGCGAGAGCGAGUCCUCCGACUCCAUCCUGCUUUCCCCGGAGGCCAGCAAGGCCACCGAGGCAGUGGAGUUCAUCGCCGAGCAUUUGAGGAAUGAGGAUCUGUAUAUUCAGACCCGCGAAGACUGGAAGUACGUGGCCAUGGUGAUCGAUCGUUUGCAGCUGUACAUCUUCUUCAUUGUGACCACGGCCGGAACGGUGGGCAUUCUGAUGGAUGCCCCGCAUAUUUUCGAGUACGUGGAUCAGGAUCGCAUCAUCGAGAUUUACAGGGGAAAGUAAACAAAGACACGAGAAGUCAGAAAAGGACUUGGAGCAGCCGGGGGCUGAUGAAAUGGUUAACAGCAUUGCAAACGCAACAAUAAUAAGCAAAUCGAGGUAUUGACACACAAAGAGGAGAACAAUGAAAAAUUGCCACAAUUAAUGCGGAUUUUUAGAUUUUAAUAAUUAAUAAAGAACACUAAACGAUAUUUGCUUGAGCAGAAUUAACACCUAACAAAUAACUAACUAAUAUUAACUCUUUUUGGUAAACACACGAAUUGGAACACUGAAUACACACACAACCACACACUAAACAGUCGUCAAGUAAAACGAAUAAGCAAAUAAAUAAUAAUUCACCAGCAGCAACAAAUGUUAAACAAAUAAAUCAAAACAACACGAAAAACAACCUAGUGGAAUUGUGAGUAAAUUUAUAAUUUUUAAAACGAACUUAGCUAAUAUAGACAUACAAUAUAGAAUGAAGAUUUAGUUUAAGAGCAAUAAAUAGAAACCCAAAAAACUUUGUUAUGUUGUGCCAAAAAAAAUCGUAAUCAUAAGUAAUCGCAGUUUUACGCAUGAGAUUUAAGAAUGGAAAAUACAAGAAAAACACCCCAAAUCAAUUUGUAAAUGCUUCUCAAUCGCGAUCGCAGCAGUAGCAUAAAGAUCGACUUAAUCGGAGGCUUCGGAGACUCAUGAUACCCGGAGCCAACCAAAACAUGAAACCAAUAAAAAUGCAAAGUUAAUUAAAAAA